UCCAUCAACCUCAUCUAUUUGGCACAGCUCAGCUCCGUUAUCGGGUCGGGGUUCUUGGCACAGUCAAUGUCCCAAGCUGUCGGCGGUACAGGGAAUACGGUCUGGUACUCGUCCUGUAUUACCAUCAUGACAGUCGCCUUGAAUCCUCCCAUCAGCCAGGUAGCCGACUACUACGGUCGUAAACCUAUCCUCGUCUUGUUGUCUCUUGCUGGAGUGGCCGGGUCCAUCAUUGUGUCCAGAGCCCAGAACUCUGGCACCCUUAUCGCCGGCUUUGCCAUCCUGGGCCUCAAUUUCGGAUGCCAGUCAGCCCUCCUAGCCGUCUUGUCCGAAGUAUUGCCCCGACGCUACAGGCCCAUGGGCCAAGCAUCCGCCAGCCUGGCGGCCAGUCUGGGAGCAACCAUUGGGCUCUUGAUGGGUGGGGGACUGCUCCAACAUGGAAAUCUCUCAAACUAUCGCAUCUAUUGGUACAUCGAGGCCGGUCUCUACGCUAUCGCAGCCAUAGGUUGUCAGCUAGGUUACAACCCUCCCCCACGAGAACUACAACUAUCGCUCAACUUGUCUGAAAAGCUCAAUCGUCUCGACUGGAUAGGAUAUUUCCUCUUCGCACCUGGGCUCACCCUUUUCUCCAUGGCCCUUGCAUGGUCUGACAAUCCAUAUUCUUGGGACAGUGCCAAUAUUCUUGGCCCAUUCAUCAUCGGCGUCAUGGCCAUUAUUCUCUUCGUCGUUUAUGAGUGGCGUUUCAAAAAGGACGGCAUACUUCACCAUGAUCUCUGGCAUCAUAGAAACUUUGCCGUCUCCUUGUUUGUCAUUUUCAUCGAAGGACUGUCAUUCUUUGCGGCCAACUCCUACUUUGCCUUUGAAGUUUCUCUCAUAUACGAUGCCAGCGUUCUCUCGGCUGGUGCAAACUUUAACAUCAUGUUUUUGACAGGUUUUGUCUUCUCCCCUGUGUUUGGACUGUGGUCUUCGAAGCGCAAGUCCAUGCGGGCUCCGCUCAUCGUGGGUUGUGUCUGUCUCCUAGUGUUCUUCAUUCUACUAGCCACUGUGAACAUAGACACUCCUCGCUACGCCUUCUGGAUAUUCCCGGUUAUUUCUGGCAUUGGCCUCGUCUCUAUCGUGCCACUGUCCAUGGUCUCAGCUCAGUUGGCGACAUCCCCAGAGCUAAUCACUCUGGUAUCGGGGUUGAUAACCACAGCCAGGAGCUUAGGGGGCGCAGUUGGCUUGGCUAUCAACAACGCAGUUCUCACCAGCACCCUGGAAAAGGAACUGCCCAAGAAGGUCAGCGCAGCAGCGCUUCCACUAGGACUGCCUCCAUCAUCUCUGCCUGCGCUGAUCGACGGCCUUGCUUCACAAAGGAAGGACGCUGUCGCUGCUGUUCCCGGUAUCUCACCCGAAAUUGCCCAGGCUGCAAUUGGAGCAAUGAAAAGAGCAUACUUGGUCGCUUUCAGGAACGCCUGGAUCGUUUCGGCCUCGUUUUGUGGCCUCUUGGUCAUAACUGCUUGUUUCAUCAAAGAACAGAGAGACGAGUUUGAUACGCGCAUUGACGCACCUGUUGAUGCUGGAUUGGUCGGUUUGGAAGGUAAUGUGGGUUCGUCGCCCGGUAUGCAGGAGUCUCUCGAGAAGCAGGGUCACAAAGAGGCAGAAGUGAGUCACGAGGAAAACUCCCGACUCUAG